ACACUAAUCACUAAUGUCUUUGAUUAUUUCUUUAGUUAUACAGGUCUAGAUCUAGCACUAAUACCCUAGCAAGAUCUAACUCUAACUGUAGAUUUCUAGAUAUAGAUCUAGAUCUAUACUUUUAAUACUAUAAUUAUAUUAUAUAAUACUAAUAAUAGAUUCUACUGACUGAUUCAUGUCAUGAGACUUUCGCUUUUGUUUUGAAUUUGGGUUAUCAUCCAUUACCGUUAUGUCAUGUGUUCACCAAGAAGUGGAUCUAUAUCUAUAUAGAUCUAAAUAAUAAAUCUAGAUUUAAUUUUUUAUAGUGUAUCUAGAUGUAGAUCUAAUUCAGUAAUUGUCUAAUAAUAUACUAAAUAUAGAUAUAUUUAUAAUGGUCUAGACUAGAUACUAAGAUAGUGUCUAUACUCUAUAGACUAGAUAGUAGUAUUAUAGUCAAUUAUAGACGAAAUAAAUACUAGAUCUAUCUAGAUUCUAGAUCAAGUUAUAGGAAUAUAGAUUUAGUCGAUCUAUAGUUCUAUAGUUAGAAUCUAUACUGUUACAGACAAUUCAAUAUACAUUUAGAAAUGUGUUGCUAACUUCUAUAUCUGUGCAUUAAAUUUUGUAACCAUGCAAUAUAAAAUAUGGCUAAAUUUUUAUGAAGACUGCAUAAGCACAUGUCCAAUCUGUUUUGUAAUUAAAUACUAUACAAUCAGAUUCAAAAGCCAAUCAGUAACACUAGUAACAGAAUCUUGAUAGCAUUUCUUUUGGUCAGAACACAUAAAAUAUCCCUUCUGAAACUGAUACACUGAUCGUCUGAUGUUAUCUCAUUGUCAACUCAUUGAGAAGAAAUCUUACAUGUUUUUGCAAGAUACUCUCCAGUAAGUCUUCAUGGAUCCAUUAUACGUUAAAAUCAUCACUCUUGGGGUAUUGAUUGCAUUGACAUUGCUUCUUGGUGUACUACCGUACUUCCUUGUUCUGAGAGGUUCCCGCUCUUUGAUAUCUACCCGCAAGCAAGAAAAAGUCAUUGCAUACCUGAACUGUUUUGCUGGUGGAGUAUUUCUUGGAACACUUCUUCUGCAUCUUUUAACAGAAGGUUCUGAAGUAUUUGAGGAGUACAAGAGCAGUAUUAAUUUACACGUAGAAAUACCACUAUUUAAUAUUUUUGUGGCUGUUGGAUUUUUCUUGGUGGCUUUCUUGGAGCUCUUUAUGCGCUCUUGGUUAUUUAAUGAAGCUCCUGAUACAAAAUUGGAAAUUGAUGUACCGAAUCCAGCGUCAUCAGGAAAUAAUUCACAAGGGCAGUAUGGUUCUCUGGGAAGGAGAAGUGGUCAGGAUCAGGGGGAAAACCGCAUUGAACAUGAGCAUAACUGCACUCAACAUGAACAGCAAUGCUUAUUGGCAUCUGACAGACAUCAUCGUGUGACCUCUCAGACAGCUUCCGGAGAUGUAGUUGAAAAUGGGGUGAAUCAAAAUGAGGAAAGUGUGACUCUGCAAGUUAAAGUCAUUUCAGAUUCCAAGACUAAGACUCCAACAGGGAUAAGGGCAUACCUUCUCCUGGUGGCUUUAUCUUUUCACACCAUUUUUGAUGGUCUUGCUGUUGGGCUCCAGAAAAAUACAUCAGAAGUUUGGCAAGUGUUUGCAGCCAUUUCUAUACACAAAAGCAUCAUAGCCUUCUGCUUGGGGUUAGAGAUGUUCAAAAGCGAGCCACAGCGGCCAAGUAGAGCUUUCAUUUGGUUGUGCUUCUUCGCCUUGAUGUCUCCUAUAGGAAUAGGCAUCGGCAUCUUCCUGACAUCUGGUGAGGUUGACGACCAUGCUAGGAUGUUGUCUUCAAGUAUUCUUCAAGGUUUAGCUGCUGGAAUCUUUUUGUACGUGACUUUCUUAGAGCUGCUGUGUGUUUACAUUGGCCACAACAGUCAUGGAGAAUUUUUCUCAAUAUUUUUUUCUUUGGUUGGAUUUGUUGUCAUGGCUUUAGUGAAGCUUAUUGAUGAAUGAGUCGGGCUGAAGCUAUUAUUAAACAAAAAUCAAGUGCUUUCAUUGUUAUGUGUUGCAUUGGUGGACAAAGAUAAUUGUUGCCUUAGUGUAAAUAUAUUUUAACUGUGUCACAGAUACUGAACAAGCAUAAAGGGCUGUAUAUUUUGUGCAAUAAGAGGCAAGUCAGAUGUGAUAUUUUUAGAUAAUAUUGUUCACAUUAAAAGUAGUCAAUGAAAUGAUUUUAUAUGUAUAUUAAUAAUACAGGGUUCUUAACCUGUUUCAACUGUGUACUUAGCCAUUAUAAUCAAAAGUCAAGCAAAAACAAAUCUUGACAACUAUUAAAAAAUGUUGAUUAUGAAAAAAUUGGAUUUCAAAUUAAAGAAACUAAUUUUAAGCAUUUUUUUUUAUUGUGACCAGGUAUUUUUAUAACUCUUUAUGUCUUACUUUUUCAUCUACACGUUUUCCAUCGAAACAAAACUCUUGUUUACAUUUUUGUAUGAUGUCAACUUUUUAAAGACAAAAUUUGUUUUGGAUGUGAAUGUGUGCAGAUAUUUAUUUAAUUGUUGAUAAAGAUUUUUUUUUUCAUGUAAUUUAAUGCUUUAAAAAUAUAAACCUGGUGCAGUCUUAUUUUAGGAUUACAAUGUUUCUAUUGACCUCCUGCAACAACAGAAAUUUAAGGACCAUGAAAAUUCCUUUUAUGUAAAUAUAAUUUAUGCUAAAGAUUAAAUUACAAAAUAUUUUAAUACUUUAAACCCUUUUCAACUAGAAUCUGAAAUUGAUAAGAACAAUUAUUAGAGUAUUGUUUUACAGCUGGACCAAAAGGAACAUUAUUUGGGUAUAAGUAGUGCAAUCAAGUUUAACAUUUAUUUUUGUUAUUGCAAUGUGGUAUGUAAUAAUUUAUUUAUUUAAUGGCAUUAACAAUUGAAUUUUGCUGUGAUCCAUUAACUGAGUUUUGUUUAUUUAUUGCUGUGAUGAUUAGACAAUACAUUUAUCUGUCUGAAAUACUUGUAAUAGAAUAGACAUAAUACUUUUCUGUAUUCAGGUUCUCAUGUCAAAUACACUAAUGUUAAAAUCAAACUUCCUUUUUAUUGAUUAAAUUUUGUUCUUUUUGAAGAAGAAUUUCUUUCAUGUGUACAAAAACAAAACAACUUAUUUCCUUAGUGGCACAAUUUGGACUAUUAAUUUGUCAUUUAUUUCCUCUUGGAACAGUCAGUUUUUGUUUCACUUUCCUCCACACUUAGAAUAACUGACUCAUUUAGUUCAGGAGUUAAGGGUUCCAUUUAAUGGUCAUUUAAAAGGUUAAAUUUGAAUUUCUACCCAAUCCAGACUAAUUAAUGGCAUUUUUUUUUUUUAGUCUGCUGAAGGAAGUUUUGGGGAAUAUUGUGUGAAGAGCCCUAUUUCAUUCAUGUUCAAUAUCCUCCUCUUGGUUGGUUUAUAUCAUUUGUAUUUCAAGUCAUGAAAAUGCCCAUCUUUAAGUCAUGCAUUUGUAGAGAAUUGUACUUAGAAAACUAGAUUAUAUUGGUGUGUAAAACAUAUUUUACUGUGUUGAGAUUUUUUUUUUAAUUAAUUGUUUGGAAAAUAAAGAUUAUAGCCUGUUUCAAUACAGGAUUUUUAAAA